UAUAACAAAAACGCUGCACGAAACUCUUCGUGGUAAAAAACGAAAAGGUUUAUCGGCACCAUUUUGAAUUUCUGUUAGAUUACUGUGGUUUGAAUUACUAUUGCAUCAACAAUGAAAAGAAUGCGUAUUAUAAGCAGCGAUUCCAGCGAUUCCAGCGAUUCCGGCGAUGUACCAGCGCCACCAGCCAAGAGUACCGAACAGAAACUAAAUACUCUGUUGGAACGACUGGAUACGAUUGACAAAACACAAGAAAAAAUCUUAAAUGUUUUAAACCGAUUGACAGAGGAGGUCAUCGUGCUGAAGCGAGAGUUAAUGCGGUCGAAAAAAGCAAGCACCGAAACAAUUGAAAUUGUUCCAAAGGAAGGAAUGUGCAGCCUUUCAGAGUUUCAGGAAUUUGAAGAGAAGCUGCAAAACCACGACCAAUUUAACCAUUUGGUACAAGACCUCAAAAAUAUUGCUGCGAGCAAUGGAGAGCAGUUCGUAAGGAAAUGCUGGAACGCAUUGCUGAGCGAUGAGCUGGCGCUACAGUUCUCAUGGAUGGGAACGGCAGAGAAGAAACCUGUGCGGCAUCUCAUCACCACGGCAGCAAUUAGAAAAGCGUUCCAGCAAAAAUUCAACGAAUCUGUGGAAAUCAUGGAGCGAAUAACCAAAAGAUACUUCCAUUAUGCUGGAGACAGAAUCUCAAAAAGGAUUAAAAGAAAUUUUUCGCAGUCGUCUGCAUAA